AGCAUGAAGCUGGCCAUUGUGGUUGAGGGUAGAGAGGCUGAGACACGCAACAAAGAGAGCAGAGCCAGGACCUGAGAGGCCCUGAGUACAGCUAGAUAACCUCUCUGACCCCCGCCCUCUAGAAAGGACUUUAGUCUCUGGAGCUGUCAGGUCUCCGAGUGGAUAAGAGCUCAACCUCUGAGGUAGGUUGAGAAGGAAAGGAAAAAGACAGGCAGCCGCUGCCCGCUGCCCAUUACAGACUGCCACCAUGGAGUCAACGAGGUCCCAGCUGCGGAGAAGAGAAGGGCUGGGAGAAGAGCAGGAGAAGGGAGUCUGUGGAGAAGGAGACGUUAAGACGCACAGAGCCCCAGACUUGGUGCAAUGGACCCGACACGUGGAGGCUGUGAAGACCCAGUUUCUGGAGCAGGCACAGGCACAGCUGGCAGAGCUGCUGGACCGGGCCAUGUGGGAGGCUGUGCAAGCGUACCCACAGGAAGACAGACCUCCUCCCUCUACUGCCCCAGAUACUACACGCAAGACCCGGGAGUUACCCCAUGUGAGACGGAAGGUUUUCAUCACCCGAAAGUCACUGCUCGAUGAGCUGAUGGAGGUGCAGCAUUUCCGAACCAUCUACCACAUGUUCAUCGCGGGUUUAUGUGUCUUGAUCAUCAGUACCCUGGCCAUCGACUUCAUUGAUGAGGGAAGGCUGAUGCUGGAGUUUGACCUACUCAUCUUCAGCUUUGGACAGCUGCCCUUGGCACUGAUGACGUGGGUGCCCAUGUUCCUGUCCACUCUGCUAGUGCCCUACCAGACCCUGCGGCUGUGGGCCAGGCCUCUAGCUGGGAGCUCCUGGAUGCUGGGGGCUGGCCUGGGCUGUGUUCUGCUGGCUGCCCACGCAGCAGUGCUCUGCGUCCUUCCAGUCCACGUGGCGGUGAAGCAUCAACUUCCGCCCGCCUCAAACUGCGUGCUGGUCUUUGAGCAGGUCAGGUUCCUGAUGAAAAGCUACUCCUUCCUGAGAGAGACUGUCCCUGGGAUCCUUUGCGUCAGAGGUAAGGGUACUGGUGCCCCUAGUUUCUCCAGCUACCUCUACUUCCUCUUCUGCCCUACACUUAUCUACAGAGAAACAUACCCCAGGACACCCAGCAUCAGGUGGAACUAUGUGGCCAAGAACUUUGCUCAGGCCCUGGGCUGCGUGCUCUACGCCUGUUUCAUCCUGUGCCGCCUCUGUGUCCCUGUCUUUGCCAACAUGAGCCGGGAACCCUUCAGCACCCGUGCUCUGCUGCUCUCGGUCCUGCAUGCCACGGGCCCAGGCAUCUUCAUGCUGCUCCUCAUCUUCUUCGCCUUCCUGCACUGCUGGCUCAACGCCUUCGCUGAGAUGCUGCGAUUUGGAGACAGGAUGUUCUACCGGGACUGGUGGAACUCUACUUCCUUCUCCAACUACUACCGUACCUGGAACGUGGUGGUCCAUGACUGGCUGUACAGCUAUGUGUAUCAAGAUGGGCUGUUGCUUCUGGGCCAGCGGUCCCGUAGGGCAGCCAUGCUGGGAGUGUUCCUGAUGUCUGCGAUUGUGCACGAGUACAUCUUCUGCUUCGUCCUGGGCUUCUUCUACCCAGUCAUGCUGAUGCUCUUCCUUGUGUUCGGGGGGCUUCUGAACUUCACCAUGAAUGACAGGCACACGGGUCCAGCCUGGAACGUCCUGAUGUGGACCUUGCUAUUUCUGGGUCAGGGCAUCCAGGUCAGCCUAUACUGCCAGGAGUGGUAUGCUCGGCGGCACUGCCCCUUGCCCCAGACAACAUUCUGGGGGCUGGUGACACCUCGAUCUUGGUCCUGCCAUCCCUAGAAGUCAAUGCACCACAUUUAGAUGACGUCAGCUCUUCUCUACCUGUCAAGCCCAGGGCCAGGGCUCCCCACCGCACUCCCCUACCCCGUUUGGAGUCAGGAACUUGCACACAAGACUUGCCAGGGGACCAUGGAGGCUCUAGGUACACACCUCUCCGGGCAACUGACCACAGACGCGGUGUGGGGUGAUGCAAGCACCUCUGUGGACUGGGCACAGGGUUCUCCAGAUGUGAAAAGACCAGAGGGACAAAGGCCACCAAAGUCUGAGAGUGUCUGGUUCUUUCUAGUCCUCCCCAUGCAACAAUAAAAAUCUCUCUUUUCAUUCA